AUUGUAAUUGUCACCUUGCGGCACCUGUGAUCGCCAGCAAAUUUGGAUCGCCGAGAACAGACAAGGCAUGCACCUUCCCAGCUUCAGCUUCCCUUGACUGCUCGACAAAAUCGCGCAGCUCAGUGCUUCUCCUUUGGAAAAUUGUUUGUUGCAUACGCUAUGUAUGAAGCCAGAGCGCCGCGCGCUGAAACCGCGCGAGGAACAUGCCAGGUUUCUUCCCCGUCCAAACGCUUGGAGACUGUUUCGGCUAAUGGUAGCUACAAGGCUCUAAGUGGCAGCUAUAUACCCACGGUACCAGCAAGCGGAGCAUGACCGCGGAGGGAGUUUGACACCAUCAUCUCCAGCAAGCCAUUCGCCGGUCCUUCGCCAGCCCAGGUGCCGCAGGCGAGUGCGGUCCUGCCCCAGACUGAAGGCAUCAUGUGCGAUCCUGAUGAUGGACGAUUGGCAGCAUGGUGCGGAGGCUGUGGGCUGCAAGGUAUUUUCAAAGGCAAAAGCCGAAGAGUUCGGCGUGUUGGCCGUGCGGUGUGUGCAAGGAGAACUUUAUACGAGCCCAUGGCGGCGGCGGCAUGAAUCCGGAGACACGCCGGGCAAGGACAACAGUCAAGGAUCGAGGCAGCCAGGCCAGGCGCGUGCAGGCGGCCCCACCCACACAGCCCGUGCCGCCGCCGGCGCGGAGGCCGGCGUGGCGGCAGGCAGGCAGCACAAGCCGCCCAGCAGCAGGAACUAGAGCACAGAGGCGGCGCAGGACGCUCCGAAACGG